CAUGACAUCAGCCUUGAAACUUUGGCUAAACUUCAAGUAGACGAUGCAGAGUUGAAAGUCUGCAAAGAAAAGUCUAGCUUAAACCUCAAACCUGUACCAAUUCCGCUUUCAGAUGCAUUCAUCAUGUGUGACACCUCAACAGGCAGCAAUCGUCUGUUUGUCCCACAUGCCUGCAGACGAAAAAUAUUUCAGCACUUACACGGUCUUUCACAUCCAGGCAUCAGAGCAACAACAAGGCUCAUCACUGAACGUUUUGUGUGGCCGAAAAUCAACUCGGACGUUAAGCGUUGGACACGUAGCUGCCUCCAGUGUCAACGCAGCAAAAUACAAAAACAUACUAUCAGCCCGAUCGGCGAAUUUCCUAUUCCCGACAAACGUUUUCAACAUAUUCAUUUGGAUUUAGUUGGGCCACUGCCCCCGUCCAAUUCCUUUACCCACAUUCUCACCGCAGUAGACAGAUUUACAAGAUGGGCCAUAGCCUGCCCCAUAAAAGACACUUCCGCAGAAACGAUAGCUGGCGUUUUCCUUGAGCGUUGGAUAGCAAAUUACGGAGUACCUUCUAUCGUCACUACAGACCGUGGUCCCCAGUUUCAGUCUAUCUUGUUUCAGGAAUUUACAAGACUUCUGGGCGUGAACCACAUCAAAACAACAGCUUACCACCCAGCAGCUAAUGGCAUGGUUGAAAGAUUUCAUCGCCAAUUAAAAAGCUCGCUGAUGGCCCAAGAUGAUACAACCAAAUGGAGUGACGCAUUACCACUUGUACUCCUCGGUAUUCGUUCAACCAUAAAGGAAGACAUUGGAUGUACAGCCGCCGAGUUAGUCUAUGGUACAACUCUAACGUUACCUGGCCAACUAGUCAACUAUGAACCUACAACGCCAGGAGAGACUACUCACUUCGCAAGUCGCCUAUUACAAACUAUGCAGAAUAUUAAAGCAAUACCCCCUCGUGAACACAACAAUCGAGUCCAACUUGAUAAAAACCUUGAAACGUGCAAAUUUGUCUUUGUCCGAGUAGAUACGGUUAAAAAACCAUUGAAACAACCAUAUAAAGGUCCAUAUAAAGUAAUUAAACGCACACAAAAAUACUUCAUCGUCAACAGAGAUGGCAACAAGCAGACUAUUUCUAUAGACAGAAUAAAACCUGCUUUCUGUGAAGCUACUCAAGUCAAGGAAGACAACGCCGUUGAUAAUCAACCCCUCCCACCAGCGACUGAACAACCAAUGGAGGAUAAAAAACUUAAUACUAAGCCCCCUUGUUUAACACGCUCCGGUAGACCUAUAAACAAACCCAAGCGUUAUGUCCAUUUCGUUGAUUAAAAAAAAGCAAAACACACACCUCUCUAUGUCACACACUACUAAUUUCACCCAAAAAAAUUUUUUUUUCCUUUUCACAGUGUACAUAAUCACAUUUUUCCACAAUUACUCGUUUUGUCAGUUUUUUUUUAAAAAAAAAAAAAUUUUGUUUUGUUUUUGUCACACUAAUAAACGAGUAAACUCUGUUUAGUUAUUCAUUUAUCUUACACAAACAUAAACAGUUCUUUUUUUUUGGCUCUUUAGCAUUUUUACACAUUAUUAUUAUCAUUGUCAGCCAACCAAGGCAUUAAAUGACAGUGCCUUCAUUUUUUUUUUUGUGUGUGUGCUCAUUAUACUAUGCUACAUCUCUACUACACGUCAUACUCAUCUCCACAUUUUUGUUGGUUAUAACUGUAAAUAUUAUUUUUGUAUACAUGUAUAUAUCACACCCUUACAUUUUUUCUAUUAUAACCAGUGUUACCUCCGGACACUCUGGGGGGAGCUAUGUGGAGAUGGACCUGUCAAGCUUAUUUUGUAAAUAGUUUUCAAUGUUAUUUGUAUUUACUUUGUCAACCUUCCACUGUAUGUAUAUUUAACAUUAAAUGACUGUAACUGUUGUUUUAGUAAAUGACCUUGAACACACUUUCCGUUGUACUACUACAUUGCGUGCCAUACCGCUGCUGGCUAACAAAUACAACGCUUCUCGCA